AGUUACUGUGGGCAAUGUUUACAGUCCGUGCCUUUAACUCUAUAGCUAGCACUUGGAGUUUAAUUGUGUUUAAAGUGUUAAAAAAUGUAAUAAUAGUGUAUAAUGUAGAGCAAUGUACGGUCGUCGGAGGCUCCAUGACAGCGGCAGAGCGCCCCCUCCCACUCCCACUCCCACUCCGAACGCCCCCGCUAAACACAUAACGCGUCCAUGUUUCACGGGGGAAUGUCGGGCCAGCUCGUCGCCCACAAGUGUUAGCGCGGCCGACGUCCACGUCGUCCACCUCCAUGUUCCGGGCGAGAAUACCCCCCUUCCACGGGCUUCCGAGGAGCGUUUCUCCGGCUGCACAUUAGUCACGUACGCUCGGUUAGCUUCGACGGCUAACCCGCUAGUUGUCAACUUUCAACAUCGUUCGUUUUUUUUCUCUUUUACACAAAAAAGAAGAGUUUGCAAUUUUUGCACGGAGCUCUAAAUGACCGUCGUUAUCCGGCUGGCUCCCCCCGCUGCCACAACGCUUCGCCCCGGACUGUCUGCUCUUUGUGGGCUACCUGAUCCCCCUCGUCCGAAGCAGCUAGCUCGCCGCAGCUAGCGUCUGCCGGAGCAAAAAAGCACGCUAACACCGCCGGGGUCCAAAAGGGGGGAAGAAAUGGACCACAUGUCUAUAAUAACGCAGGUUUCCAACCCCAAGGAGGAGGAAAUUAUAUCCUUCAACCAGGAAAAAGCGUCGCAGUCCAACAGCAGCCUAAAGAAGCAGAGGAGCCGGAGUAUCUUCAGCACAUUCUUCUGCUGCUUCCGCAACUACAAUGUGGAGCCCCCAGCCACUAACAGCAGCACCGCGCCCUUGCCUCCACCUGUCGAGGAGAACGGCUCACCCCCCAAGUGUGACCAGGUCGAAGUCCUCCCUGUCCCUAGUCCACCAGCCAAGUACCUUCUGCCGGAGAUGAAAAUAUCGGACUACGGUAAAAAGUGCGUCGUGAUCGACUUGGACGAGACGCUCGUGCACAGCUCAUUCAAGCCAAUCAGCAAUGCAGACUUUAUUGUUCCCGUGGAGAUUGACGGCACAGUUCAUCAGGUGUACGUUCUAAAACGACCCCACGUGGAUGAGUUCCUUCAAAAGAUGGGCGAGCUGUUCGAGUGUGUGCUCUUCACCGCCAGUCUUGCAAAGUACGCAGACCCCGUGGCAGACCUGCUGGACCAGUGGGGCGUGUUCCGAGCGCGACUCUUCCGAGAGUCCUGCGUGUUCCACAGAGGGAACUACGUCAAGGACUUGAGCCGGCUGGGGCGAGAGCUCAGCAACGUCAUCAUCGUCGACAACUCUCCCGCCUCCUACAUUUUUCACCCGGAAAAUGCCGUCCCGGUCCAGUCCUGGUUCGACGACAUGAACGACAACGAGCUCCUGGACCUGCUGCCGUUCUUCGAGGGUCUCAGCAAAGAGGAGGAGGUCUACGGAGUCCUGCAGAAUCUGAGGAGCAGGUAGCAGGACCCGCCCACCCUCUCGCUCUCCCAGGACAGGUGUGUCAAGACUGAGGCCCGGAGGACUACGGUCCCGAGAGGUACGUGUUGACAAACACACCUGCAGUGACACUAAGAGGAAAAAACUCUGGUCUUCAUUUUCAAAAGUUUUACUAUUCGGUGAAGCGCUUCAAACCAAAAAAACAACAAAAAAAGGAACUUUUUUUUUUUAGUCCCAAGAAGAUGAGAGUUGCUAUGCAGGAAGUUUGUGGCGCUGGAAGGACUUUUUCUUACUGAAUGAAGUGCCUUGUGUGCGUCUUGUUUCUAUGGGGACGUCUUUUUCAGGCGGACACAGAAGAACCUGACCUUUUUUUUCUUCUUUUAAAUCCUUUAAAUCUGUGUUUUGUUUCCUGCUGUGACAUCACUUCCUGCUUCCUUCCUACCAAACACCUCCUUGUGCCAUUUGGAUUCUGUUAGUUGCCAAACAGCGUUCUCCACUUUCUUGCUUUUGCAACGUCAGCAUUUUUUUUUUUUUUUUUUUUUUUUUGGUGGAGCGAAACGUGCACGUUUUGUUUUGCAAAAGAGUGCCAUGUUUUGUCUUUUUUUUUUUGCUCAUGACUUCUUCUUCCUGUUGUGUGUGUGUGUGUGUGUGAUGUUUACCUCCCCCUGGAACUGCUGGUCACCUUUAGUGCCUGUUUGAAAGGAGCCCAUUGUUGCCAUGGCAAUAAGAUUCUUCUUCUUCUUCUUUGGUUACGUGUGUGUGUGUGUGUGUGUGUGUGUGUGUGUGUGUGUGUGUGUGUGUGCGUGUGUGUGUGCGUGGAGCACUUUGCAAAAUCUGUUUAGUACCGGCUGCAGAACCUGCCUUACCUUGUAGACCCAAGGCAGGGUUUCACCCAUGUGGACUACGGUGGUACCUCGGUUUCUCAAAAAAGGGCAAAAAUCUUCAGAAAUAUUUGUCAUUUUUGGUCAAUUUUUAGGUGAACUAAAAAAAAAACCCCACAUCUGAUGGAUCAUUCUAGUUUUUUUUAAACGCAAAAAAAUAUGUAAAAAAAAGCGUAAAUUCCGGACUAUAAGCCGCUACUUUUCCCCGCCACUUUGAUGAUAAUAAUGCAGCUCAUUUAUGAUGCUUAUAGCUUUAUAUAUUUAAAAAACAAAACACUGAAAAGUUAUUAAAGUUAAAGUAGCAAUGAUUGUCACACACACACUAGGUGUGGUGAAAUUGGUCCUCUGUAUUUGACCAAUAACCUCUGAUCACCCCCUGGGAGGUGAGGGGAGCAGUGGGCAGCAGCAGUGGCCACGCCCGUGAAUCAUUUUUGGUGAUUUAACCCCCAAUUCCAACCCUUGAUGCUGAGUUGUUUGUGCUAUGGCGCUAUCUUUUCGUUGAGUUAGCUUAAAUACGCUUGCAUUUACAGUUUUCAACCCGGAAGCAGAAGCGCCGUUCCGUCUUGUAGCCGUCCAUCGCGGAUCUACUCCUACAUAUUCUUCGUUCAUUAUUCCGUGUAACGUUUGUACGUUUUACAAUAUAACUAAAACUAUUCAUACUCGCUAAACCGCUAUACUCACUAAAAGUGUUUUCAUGCAUAUUUGUAAGCGCUAUCGUAAUGUAAUCACGCUAGCGUUGUUAGCGUUAGCUAAUAUGCUAAUGCAUUUCUGAGUGAGCUAGUAUUAACUUGCAAAGGGAUUCUUUUUUGUUUCGGUUUCACAAAUUCCUCAGUAAAACUGCCAAAACGUCAGCACGGAGUUGUGAGAGUCUGUUUAGCUGAUUGGAGAGCUAGCUUCCGCAGCUAGUGUGUCCGUGACCAUGACUUCUGUUUUGUUUGGUCAGCCGUUUAACUGCCGUGUUACAGACACCGUUAGGAAACAAUUAAAGCAUUUAAAUAAACAUUUACAAAGUAUUUCUGUGUAAAUAACUAACUACUACAUGUAUAUAUACAUAUAUAUA